AAACGACAAGAGAACAAUGCCGUCGGGAAUGAUGCAUUUGGCAAAUUCAUAAAGCGAGGAGGGAGCAUAAACAUUUGAAAUCUGAAAUCAGUUUUAGUGCUUCUUCUAAUGUCAAGCAAAAUGCGUGAAGAGACUGCAAUCCAUUCCAACACCAACUCUAAAACCCUAAACCCUCAGACCUGUUGAGACUCUCUCUCCCAUGUCAAAGACUCUUCUCUCUCGCAUCAAACCCCUUCACAGCCGCAAACCCACUUGUCCAUCUUCCUAUUCACCGCCCCACGUCAAGAAGCUAGUCUAUGACACCAUCCGGAUUCUCACAACAGAUGAUAAAUGGGAGCAGUCCCUCGAAACCGAAUUCUCCGAAACCGAAACGCUUGUUUCUGAAGUUGCCCAUUUCGUUUUGGACAGAAUACCCAGUGCAGAGUUGGGGUUGAAGUUCUUUGACUGGGCUUUCCGGCGACCCUAUUGCUGCUCUCCAAAUGGGUUGGCGUAUUCUUCUCUCUUGAAGCUUUUGGCGAGGUUUGGAGUGGUUGCGGAGAUUGAGUUGGUGCUGCAGAGCAUGAAGUUGGAACAAGUAGAGCCGAGUAAGGAUGCUUUGAGCUUUGUGAUUCGAGUUUACGCCGAUUCUGGGUUCGUCGAUAAGGCUCUUGAAUUGUAUAGUUUUGGGGUCAAGGUGUGUGGUUUUGUUCCGAGUGUUUUCGCAUGCAAUUCCUUGCUUAACACGCUUGUGAAGAUUGGCAGAGUUGAUGUCGCACGCCAGGUGUAUGAUGAAAUGUCUGAGAAAGGUGGCGGUGAUGGUGAGCAUGUGUGUAUAGAUAACUACAGUACUUGUAUCAUGGUGAGGGGGUUGUGUAAGGAAGGGAAGGUUGAAGAAGGGAGAAGGUUGAUUGAGGAGAGGUGGGGAGAGAAUUGUGUGCCGAAUGUUGUGUUCUACAAUACGCUUAUUGAUGGAUAUUGUAAGAGAGGUGAGGUUGAAAAUGCUAAUGGCAUGUUUAAGGAGUUGAAAUUGAAGGGGUUUCUGCCUACAUUGCAAACCUAUGGAGCUUUGAUUAAUGGGUAUUGCAAAGUAGGGAACUUUGUAGCGAUUGAUAGGCUUUUGAUGGAAAUGAAGGAGAGAGGUUUGAGGGUCAAUGUACAGGUACAUAAUACUAUAGUUGAGGCUAGAUGUAAGCACGAUAGCUGUGCAACCGCGGUUGAUACUGUAGCAAGGAUGAUUGAGAGUGGUUGUGAGCCGGAUAUUACAACCUAUAAUAGUUUGAUUAAUAGUUCAUGUAAGAAAGGGAAGGUUGAGGAAGCGGAGGAGUUUCUACAGCAUGCAAUGAAGAGGGGAUUGGUUCCGAAUGAGUUUAGUUAUACUCCUGUUUUUCAAGUCUAUUGCAGACGAGGGGAACACUGUAGGGCCCUGGAUUUGCUUGUUGAGAUGACAAAAAGAGGUCACAAACCUGAUUUGGUUGCCUUUGGAGCUUUGAUUCAUGGACAUGUUGUUUCUGGGGAAGUUGAUUAUGCAUUGACAGUCCGGGACAGAAUGAUAGAAAAUGGAAUACUCCCCGAUGCUUGCAUUUACAAUGUGUUGAUGAGUGGCCUUUGCAAGAAAGGGAGGCUUCCUACUGCCAAACUGCUGCUUGGUCAGAUGCUUGACCAAAAUGUACUACCUGAUGCAUUUGUCUACGCCACAUUGGUAGAUGGGUUAAUCAGAAAUGGGAACCUUGAGGAGGCUAAAAAUAUAUUCGAGUUAACAAUUGAAAAGGGCCUAGAUCCUGGUGUUGUGGGGUACAAUGCUAUGAUCAAGGGUUUCUGCAAAUUUGGAACAAUGAAUGAUGCUCUGUCAUUCCUCGAAAAGAUGAAGAAAAGGAAUCAUCAUCCUGAUGGGUUUACUUACUCCACAAUAAUUGAUGGGUAUGUCAAGCAGCAUAAUUUGGAUGCUGCACUAGAAAUGUUUAAACAGAUGGUGAAACAGAGAUGCAGGCCAAAUGUCAUUACGUACACCUCCUUGAUCAAUGGGUUUUGCCGCAAAGGAGAUUCUGAUGGAGCUGUAAAAACUUUUGUAGAGAUGCAAUCUCGUGGUGUGGAGCCAAAUAUAGUCACGUACACCAUACUUAUUGGAAACUUUUGCAAGGAAGGUAAACUUGCAAAAGCAGCCUCCUUUUUUGAACUAAUGCUGAGGAAAAAGUGCAGUCCUAAUGAUGUCACUAUCCAUUAUUUGCUAAAUGGGUUUACAAACAUUGCACCAGCUGCAAUUUCAAAGGAAGUGAAUGAAUCUCAAGAAAAUGAGAAAUCUAUUUUUCUUGAUUUCUAUAAAAGGAUGAUAGCCGAUGGAUGGUUUCAGAAGUCUGCUGUCUAUAAUUCCAUUCUCAUUUGUCUUUGUCAGUAUGGAAUGGUUGAAGCUGCAUUACAGUUUAACAGUAAGUUUAGAAGUAAAGGUAUUGAUCUAGAUUCUGUUUCUUUUGCGGCUGUGCUACAUGGUCUUUUCUUGGGAGGAAGAUCAAAGGACUGGAAGAAUAUCAUUUAUUUUAACUUGAAGGAAAAAGAACUCCAAACUGCUGUCAAAUACUCGCAUAUAAUAGAUGCACAGUUCCAUGGAGGAAGAAUAUCUGAAGCUACACUUGCUUUACGGUCAUUAGUUGAAGAUGAUAAGCCUCAACAUCAAGAAGUGGAAGACAGAGAAAGAUAGAGGAAGACAAUCAUCUUUCUUCACAAGUGACUGUCAGUUGAGCUCUCAGAUGUGACUGUGGUCUUGUUUCUGCUAGUUGCGUCUGGUAUGAAUCCUUUGGUAAGGAAGAAGUAUGGGCAAUAUUACUGCAAUGCAAUGAGCGGUUCAACAGUAUAUUCAGCAAAUGGCUGGAUGAUCAUGCCUUAAAUAUGAAUCCUUUUCCUAUGGGACAUGUGGGCAAGGGCUUGAUACGUUCUUCAAAUCUCGAAGUUGCAGAAGAAAUUGAAAUCUAAAGCUUGAAACCCCAUAAACGAAAAGAUGUCGGUUGAGAAGAAAAUGAUAACGAGAUAGAGCUUUGACGGAGCUAGACAAGUUCGAGAUUGAGGAGGCAGUGGCCCCGGAAUUGCAGACAAUUAAGCAAAUGGUGGAAGAUGGUUGCGCUGAGAAUGCAAUUUCUUUGCUGAUCUUGGCCAGCAGCGUUCUAGGCAAGGUUCUCAAGUACUGCAAGAAGCACAUAGAUGACAAGGAGGGUGAUCCUAAGACUUGGGACACCAAUUACAUAAAGGUGGACCAUAACUAACUGUUUUGCUGAUUUGCUCUCAUCUUGGAAGCAAACUAUCUUAGCAAUGCUGGGCUGCUGGAUUUGACAUGUCAGACUGUGGCGAACAUGAUCAAGGGAAUGAUUCCUAGAGAGAUUCACAAGACUUUCAACAUCAAGAACGACUUCACUCCUGAGGGAAGAAGAGGUUCCGAAGGAGAACCAAUAGGUUUUCUGAAGUGAACUAUGAAGCCAAGGGCGGGUGUCAUAGGCUUAUGUUUUUAUAUUUUGACAAUGAAACUGUGUUAUGUAAUCUCAGCAAACCUCUAUCAUGUACCAAGUUUCAACGGGCAAGUAGUAUUUAUCCAUCUUUGGAAUAUUUUUAUGAAGUUCAUGAUCGUAAGCCUUCUCCAACCCCCUAAACCAAAAUGCUAAAAGGCCAUUUUUUAGCCCAAAUGGUCUC